AUGUUUCUUUGGGAACCCUGUUUGGAGGCCCAGCAUUCGAUCAAAGAUUCCCUCCGCAUAAAACCAGAACCUAGCGAAGAUGAGCUCUUUGGUUCCCCCCAGCCUGAUGCAUCGGCAAGCGGUGCGCCAACAGAUUCUCCUGCCAAGACGGACCCACCUCCCGAUCCCUAUUCCAAUGCGGCAGAUGCAGAGACCCAGCCAGGUUAUGUCCCAGAACCUUCAAUCACCGAGACUGCAUCCGAACUGGUGCAACCGGAUCCUACCCAAACAGCUGCAGGUGUUUCAGCUGAGGGGAGGCCUCCGCUGCCCCCACAGGAUCCUAUCCAACCAGCUGCAAUCCAGGUGGAGGGGACUGUUGCGAAAGCAGAGCUGAACCCUUCUGAACAGCCCCAUGAAUCUGAGAAAACUUCCCCUGGUCGAGAUCAGCACUAUGAACCUCCCACCCCACAAUACCGCUGUCUCCCCGGAGCAGUGAUGCUGCAGCCUGUCAUCCCCCAACAUGGAGAUGGGAACAUGAAAAGGCAUGUUGAAGAGUCACUGUUCUGCGUUGCUUCCCAGCCGCCAGAAAUCUUGUCAGAUUCUGCGGUUUACAACCGUUUGUGGCGGAUUUUCAAGAGAAGGCAGGAUGGAUCUAAGAUCCUUGAUGAACGGUGGAGUGAAGCCUGGGCAGAUGUUCAUGGUGGAGGUAGGGACGAAGUGAAGGGCUUGUUCGAAAAGGAGAAAUUCAUCAAGCGGUGCACGGCUAUUUCGCAAAAGAUCUUGGAGGAAACUAGCGAGGUAGAAGGAGAGUGGCUGACUGUGGCUGACAUGCAAAAGUGCAAGAUCAAAGGAGUGAUUCGCUACUGUGAAGCCCGGAAAGGUUUGUGCAGGAAGACUAAGCGACGUCUGUCGCAAGAAGCAGUUGAGUGGGAUGAGGAAAACAGCAACCCUGACCAGUUAGAGGACACUUCACAUGCUGAAUGGAGCAUGCUUGACUCGGCACAAGGCGCUAAUGCUUUUUGUGCCAUCAGCUUGAGUCUCGACGACGCCAAUGAGCAGGAGAAGGAGCCUGUCCAGACGCAGUCUGAGUCUGCGGAUGUUCAAAAGGAGAUGAAAAAGCAUUGGUUUCCCACUCCCAUGGUAGAAGGGGACAGGGCACCUUCUAGUUUGAUUCCUGAAGCGACCAAAUACCUCCAGAAAAUGGUAACCAAAGUGGAUGCUUUACAUGAAGACUUCAAGAAAGCUGAUGGCUUGAGCGCUUUGCAACUGAAGAAGCUAGGCAGUAUUGCCAGCGCGGUGAGUGCCAAGCGCAGCAUAGUUGCGCUGACAUCCGCCAAGCCAACCUCAGAAGUGAGAAACGCUGAGAGGGAUAUGAAGAAGGUCUUUCAAGACCUUGGCUUUGACCUUCCUAUCCCCAUCAACCCUGUGCAGCAUGUGGUCCCCUUGAUGUUUCAUGGUGACGAAGGUCGAGCUGUCAAGAAGACAAACUAUUUCCUUACAUCGGUGGAAUCUCCGAUUGGUGCUGUUGAAGACCCCUCGCUUCGAUGUACCUGCAAACAUGACUUGAGAUCCCGAUUGGGCAUUCCCAACUACGGAGAAGAUGCUGGUAACCUUUCACCUGCGGCACUGCACCGAGCCCGACAACAAAUCACAAAUUUUAAGGGACACUCGUAUUUAUCACGCUUUCUCCUAUUCGGAAUCGGAGGAUGGGUUUACAAGAAGCGUCAGUACAUCAUAGAUGAGCUACUGUCUAUCAUUGCAAGUGACAUGGUUGAUUUGUUCAACAAGGGUGUCAGACUUUCAUCUGGCGAUGUUGUCUUUGGUGCCCUGGUAGCCACCAAGGGUGAUCUUGAUUUUCAGAAACGGCUGAUGAAUUUGGAGAGAUGCUACAGCCGCCUUGGAACUGUGAACCCUGCCGGCAUAUGCCACCUUUGCCUUGCUGGCAAUGGAUCGUGGCCCUUCGAGGAUUUUAAAGAGGAACCGGCCUGGAAAGAAACACUCUUCCAGGUUCGGCCUUGGCCGGAAGACAACCCGCCUUCGAUGUCCUUGGUCCCGUAUGACCACAGAAAACCAGAGGCAGUGAUCCAUCCAGACCUCUUCCACACUGUAAAGGACGUCGUAGGCGGUGUCUUGGUCACUCUGCUUCGACUAGGCUUCUAUGACCACGAGGGUAGCACCCGCAACAUAGUGGACAGACUAGAGCGUGGCCAUUCACGAUUUGCGUUGUGGUGUGCCACCACUGGGCACAGCCCUGGCUUACGGAGCUUUACCAAGUCGUACUUCAACCUCAAAAACAUGAUGUCAGCACCGUGGUCAAACAGCAAAGGUAGCGACACGACUCUGUUGUUGAAAUGGCUUGUCUUCGAAGUGAAGCUCCAGUCUGUAUAUCCAACAGUUGCAGGGCAUCAAGUUCUCUUGGACAACAUGCUUCAAGUCAUGGAAGCAACGCUCAACCUUGGGAUUGUACACAAACACGGUUUGUGGUUGGACCGUGAAUGCGCUCGCCGCUUUGUGGUUGAGGGUAUGACACUGUUGCGGGGCUACGCAGUCCUAGGCCGCAAAGCUAUGUUGCUUGGUUUCCGUGCUUUCAUCCAGAAGCCCAAGGCACAUUCACUCCAUCAUAUUUGUGCUGCUGUGAAGACCAGUCUGGAACAGGGAGCAUCUGUCAUUCUUUCACCCCAGGCAACAUCAUGUGAGGUUAACGAGGAUUUUGUAGGGCGUAUUUCACGUCUAUCGCGCAGAGUGGGGUUCAGGUUGAUGGACCUAAGGGUCUGUGAGCGUUACUUUCUCAAGAUCUCCUGCUUGCUCCGGACCAGGAAGCAAAAGCGGAGGGCUAAAGGUUGA